AUGAUUUUGGCUUAUUACAAUCUUUCCCCAAGUUUCCUACACAACCCCUUAAAUGCUCAUCAAUUCAACUCAGUUUCAAGAAUCAAUUACAGAGUACCAAAAAAAUUGCAAAUUAUUAGUGCCCAGAAGAGAUGCUUGAGGUGCAACUCUCUUUAUGAAGACAAGGACAACUCCCCAACUGCUUGCUCCUUCCAUGGCCACACCACUGGGGAGAAGGGAUUAUUUUCAUUAGCACCACCUCACCAAGGAAUUGACGGGGAAUGGAGUGAUAAAUCGGGAGUGAUUGUUUACAAAUGGAAUGAGAAAGACAACAGACCAAACACUGGCAUAUCCAACUGGAAAAAAAGAUGGAGCUGUUGUGCUGAAUAUGACGAAAAUGCUGCACCUUGUCGACAAGGAUGGCACGUCUCUUACGAUGAUGGCUUCACCUUGUAUUAG